CAUUCUGAGAGUCUGGACUACUACGCCCGCCUCUCUCAGCUUUUCCUUAACCCAAAAAUAAAAAGCAUAUCUGUCGUCCUCUUUGCAGCUGCUUUCUUUUCCCUUUUUCUUUUUCCCAAUUUAUUUUCUCUUUCUCUCUCCUUCUUUUUGUCUUCCCUUUGCCUCCCUAUCCGAUCAAUCAAUUUAUUUUUUCUUUCCUUUUUCUUCUCCUCUGUUUUUGUAUUGACAGAUCUAUUCUUACUCCUACUACUACUACGUCCUUUUUCACUCUUGUCACUAGCUCCACACUUCGAAAGCAGAAAACAUAAUAUUAAUAAUAAUAAAAGUGAAGUAAACCACUCAUAAUUUUCUCUCAUUUGUUCGUUCGUGAAGAAAAAAGAAAAAAAUACAUAUUCUGGGUUCUCAUCUUUCUUAUGAAUUUGUAAUGUUGAUGAAUUUAACCAUGACUUAAGGUGGAAGAAAUAUGUGACUUUAUUGGUACUCGAAAGACAAAACAUAGAGUGUGAAAAUGGGGUCAGAGCAGAACCGAUUUCCACAGCAAGAGCGGCGCAAGAAAUGGGGAGGAUGCUGGGGUGGACUCCCCUGUUUCAGUGCACAGAAAGGUGGGAAACGUAUUGUACCAGCAUCUCGUACACCUGAUGGCAGUGCGGCAGCAAACCAGCCUAACGGACCACAGGGUGUUGGUUUACCCAACCAAGCUACUUCAUUAGCCCCACAUCUUCUUGCUCCCCCUUCUUCCCCAGCAUCCUUCUCAAACUCUGCUCUUCCUUCUACUGCACAAUCACCACGUUGCCACCUCUCAUUGUCUGCCAAUUCCCCUGGCCCUUCCUCCACUAUGUAUGCAACUGGGCCUUAUGCUCAUGAAACUAACCUGGUUACUCCUCCUGUUUUUUCAACCUUCACGACUGAGCCAUCAACUGCUCCUUUGACCCCUCCUCCAGAACUGGCUCACCUAACAACACCCUCUUCUCCUGAUGUCCCUUUUGCACAGUUCCUUUCAUCAUCUGGUGAUUUAAAAUGUGCUGGGAAGGCCAAUUAUGUGCCUUCUAAUGAUCUUCAAACAACUUAUCCACUUUCACCUGGAAGUCCUGCGAGUAGCCUUAGAUCGCCUGUUUCAAGAACCUCGGGUGAUCGCUUAUCUUUUCCCGAGAGGGAAGUUGCUUCUCCCUGGGAUGGUUCUCUUUCUUCUAGAAGCGCAAAGCAUCCAAGAAAUGGUUCAGGAUGGCUUACUGAUGACGGUGCCAAAUCUCAGGCUUCAAACUUUUUCUGUCCUGCAACAUUUGCUCAGUUUUAUCUGGACCAACCACAUUCUGGUGGGCGACUAAGUAUAUCCAAAGAGUCCGAUGGCUACUCUAACGGAACUGGGAAUCAGAGCAAGCAGAACAAAAAUAGCAAGCACGAAGUGGAGGAAAUAGAAGCUUACAGAGCAUCAUUUGGCUUUAGUGCAGAUGAAAUGAUUACAACUCCUCAAUAUGUAGAAAUAUCUGAUGUUAUGGAUGACUCGUUCUCUAUGAUGCCCUGCACCUCUAACAAGUCUAAUGUAGAAGAAGCAACAUUAUUAGACUGGGGACAUGGAGGAUCAAGAAAGUCAGAUAACAAUUCACCUACCGAGAGAUUUGCCAAAUCAGGGUCAGAUAUGAAUGGCAAAGGUCUACAAGGGACAGUUUCAUUCAAACAAUUUAGAGGUGAGUCAUGUUGGCCAAGUGCUAAAACAGUUAAUAGCUAUCCCUUCAAACAAUUUAGAGAUGAGAAAAAAGACAAGCAGCCUGGAAAAAUCUCUGGCCAGAGUACUCCAAGUCUUACAGAUGAAGAUGAUAUGUAUUCUAACAUGGGGAAAUUCAACAAAAGCAGGAAGUUGAAUAUGGGUCUUUCCUGCUCAGAUGCUGAGGUUGAGUAUAGACGAGGGCGGAGCUUGCGAGAAUGUAGGGAAGAUUACACAUGGCAUUAGUUGUUUGGUUUGUUGAUAGGUGUAGCUCUGUCUUGUGCUGGUUACGUCCUGUCUCUAGUCUCUAUUUCAAAACCCCUGAAUCUAUCUCUGAUCCUAAUUUGGCUUGAGUGUUUUUUGUAACUGGCAGCAGCAUUGGUCUAACUUGUAACUGGGCUUAGCCUCUCUUAUAAGGCUGUCGGCUGACUCGAUGUUGUGCACUGGUCUAGAUUUUGCAAGUUGGUGUGCCAUGCCUCUCUAUUAAGAUUGGGGAGGUUUCCUUCGUUUUAUUAGCUUAGUUCCUGGUAUCCUGGUGUGGGAGGAUUCAGGAUUGUGAUAUAGACUGGGUUUUCUCGCAGUCAGUUGUAAGAAGCAAGAUACUUGAAAUUGUUCAUAUUUGAAGAUAGUUGAUAUUAUUUAUGCAUGUAGACCUAAUACUACUAAUUAUAUA